CGGUAGGGGUCGCUGCUCAGCGGCGCGCGCUCCCACCGCAGAGAAUAACGGGGCCGGGCUGCAGGAGAAAGGAAACCUGCCCGGGACGCGGCGGCGGCCGGGACGGAGCGAACGACGAGAGUUCACUUUUGCUCGGGUGUCAACGCGCGGCGGCUGCAGCGAGCGCCGACCAGGGAGCACCGCGCGAGCGGGUCGCCCAUCUCGGGGCGACCGGGGGAGGGCAGCGAGAGGCCGGAUACGAGCGCGCCGGCGGGGCGCGGAGCCGGCGAGCCUGGCUAGCGAGGGGAGCCGCGGGGGGCGCGCCCCGGGCGGGCCCCCGGAACAGCGCAGGAUGCCCCACGAGGAGCUGCCGUCCCUGCAGAGACCCCGCUAUGGCUCUAUUGUGGAUGAUGAAAGGCUCUCUGCCGAGGAGAUGGAUGAGAGGAGGAGGCAGAACAUUGCUUAUGAAUAUCUGUGCCAUCUAGAGGAAGCCAAAAGGUGGAUGGAAGUCUGCUUAGUUGAAGAAUUGCCACCAACCACUGAACUGGAAGAAGGGCUCCGGAAUGGAGUUUACCUUGCAAAGUUAGCCAAGUUCUUUGCCCCAAAAAUGGUAUCAGAGAAAAAGAUCUAUGAUGUGGAACAAACACGUUAUAAGAAAUCUGGCCUCCAUUUUCGACACACAGAUAAUACAGUCCAGUGGUUACGAGCAAUGGAGUCCAUUGGUCUGCCCAAGAUAUUUUAUCCAGAAACAACAGAUGUUUAUGACCGGAAAAACAUACCAAGAAUGAUAUAUUGCAUUCAUGCAUUGAGUUUAUACCUGUUCAAACUAGGGAUAGCCCCCCAAAUCCAGGAUUUGUUGGGCAAAGUCGACUUCACAGAGGAGGAAAUUAGUAAUAUGAGAAAGGAGCUGGACAAAUAUGGAAUACAAAUGCCAUCUUUCAGCAAAAUAGGUGGUAUUCUGGCUAAUGAACUGUCAGUGGAUGAAGCUGCUUUGCAUGCUGCAGUUAUAGCCAUUAAUGAAGCUAUUGAAAAAGGAAUAGCAGAGCAAACCAUCAUAACGCUAAGAAACCCAAAUGCAGUUUUAACCUUAAUAGAUGACAACCUUGCACAGGAGUAUCAGAAGGAACUCUGGGAAGCCAAAAAGAGAAAAGAGGAAAGUGCAAGACUGAAGAAUAACUGUAUUUCCGAAGAAGAAAGAGACGCCUAUGAAGAGCUGCUGACACAAGCAGAAAUCCAAGGCAACAUCAAUAAAGUCAACAGGCUGGCUGCAGUGAGCCACAUCAAUGCUGUCAUUCGGGAAGGCGACCCCGAGAACACACUGCUUGCCCUGAAGAGACCGGAGGCCCAGCUGCCUGAAGUUUAUCCUUUUGCUGCUGGGAUGUAUCAGAACGAACUUUUCAACCUCCAGAAACAGAACGCCAUGAACUACUUGGCCCACGAGGAGCUCUUGAUUGCAGUGGAAAUGCUGUCUGCCGUUGCUUUACUAAACCAGGCCUUGGAAAACAAUGAUCUUAUGUCCGUGCAGAAUCAGCUCAGAAGCCCAACAAUAGGCUUCAAUAAUCUUGAUGAAUCAUAUGUAGAACGUUACACAAAUGCACUAUUCACCAUGAAGCUGGAAGCCUUAUCCCAAGGGCAAGAGAAUUUAAGCUGGAAUGAAAUUCAGAAGUGUAUAGAUAUGGUGAAUAUUCAAAUUCAAGAAGAAAACGAUCGAAUCGUAGCUGUAGGGUACAUCAAUGAAGCUAUUGAUGAAGGGAAUGCUUUGAAAACUUUAGAUACUCUGCUCUUACCUACUGCUAAGAUCAACGAUGUGGAUCCAGACUGCGCCCAGCACUACCAGGAUGUUUUAUACCAUGCUAAAAUGCAGAAACUCAUGGACUCUGAGAUUGUUUCCAAAGUCCUUUGGCUGGAUGAGAUACAGCAUGCAGUCGAUGAGGCCAACAUGGACAAGGACAAAGCAAAACAAUGGGUUACCCUGGUCAUCGAUGUCAAUCAGUGUUUGGAGAAACAAAAGCCAUGUGAUAUUUUGUCUCAUUUGAAGUCUUCUGUGUCUAAUACAAAUGACAUAAUCCCUGAAUGUGCUGACAGGUAUUAUGAUGCCCUCGCGAAGGCAAAAGAGCACAAAUCUAAAAGUGUGUCUACUGAAGGUUCAUGGCUCAAACUCACCCUGCAGGAUAAAUAUGACUACUACUACAACAUUGAUUCAAAAGAGAGUUCCUGGGUCACACCUGAAUCAUGCUUGCCUAAAGAAUCAUGGCUCAUGGCAAAAGAAAUUGAGGACAUUGUUGAGGAAGUCACAAGAGAUUAUGUUCGUGAGAAGAUGUGGUCUGCUUCUGAAGAUUUACUUCUUCGCUUGGAAGCCACAAGUGCAGGACCCCUUCUUAGGAAAGAGCAUGAAGCUAGGAAAUCAUAUUUGUAUGGACAAGAAGAGCAGGUGGUCAAAAUACAGGCUUUUUGGAAGGGACAUAAACAACGGGAAGCAUAUAUGCGCAGACGGCAAACAUUCAUUGAUAAUACUGAAAAUAUUGUGAAGAUCCAGUCCUGGUUCCGGAUGGUGACAGCACGAAGGAAUUACCUUUCACGACUACAGUAUUUCAGAGAUCAUAAAAAUGAAAUUGUGAAAAUACAGUCACUAGUGAGAGCGAACAAGGCCAGAGAUGAUUACAAAACACUGGUUGGCUCCGAAAACCCACCACUAACAGUGAUCCGAAAAUUUGUACACCUGUUGGACCAAAGUAACUUAGAUUUCCAGGAGGAGCUGGAGGUAGCACGAUUGAGGGAAGAAGUCGUGACCAAGAUCAGAGGCAAUCAACAGCUGGAGAAAGACCUGAACCUGAUGGACCUCAAGAUUGGGCUCUUGGUGAAGAACAGGAUCACGCUGGAGGAUGUAAUUUCACACAGAACAAAGCUGAAUAAGAAAAAACAUGGAGAAAUGCAAAUACUGAAUAACACUGACAGCCAGGGAAUUAAAAGUUUAAGUAAGGAGAGAAGAAAAACACUAGAAACGUAUCAGCAGCUGUUUUAUCUUUUACAGACCAAUCCUUUAUAUCUGGCUAAGCUGAUUUUCCAGAUGCCACAGAACAAGUCAACUAAAUUUAUGGAUACUGUUAUUUUCACACUAUACAAUUAUGCUUCCAAUCAGCGAGAAGAAUAUCUACUCCUCAAGCUUUUUAAGACAGCUCUGGAGGAAGAAAUAAAGUCAAAGGUGGAUCAGGUACAGGACAUAGUGACUGGGAACCCCACCGUCAUCAAGAUGGUUGUGAGCUUCAACAGGGGCGCCCGUGGACAGAACACCCUGCGCCAGCUCCUGGCUCCCGUAGUGAAAGAGAUCCUCGAUGACAAGUCCCUGACCAUCAACACAAACCCCGUAGAGGUGUACAAGGCUUGGGUGAACCAACUAGAAACACAGACUGGAGAAGCCAGCAAGCUGCCUUAUGAUGUGACCACAGAACAAGCUCUGACAUACCCAGAAGUGAAAAAUAAACUGGAGGCAUCCAUUGAGAACCUGAGAAGGGUCACGGACAAAGUCCUGAAAUCUAUCAUUUCUUCCCGAGAUCUACUACCUUAUGGAUUGAGGUAUAUAGCCAAAGUACUGAAGAAUUCGAUCCAUGAGAAAUUUCCUGACGCCACAGAAGAUGAACUAUUAAAGAUUGUUGGAAACCUCCUGUACUAUCGGUACAUGAACCCAGCUAUCGUAGCUCCUGACGGCUUUGAUAUCAUCGACAUGACAGCUGGAGGUCAGAUAACUUCCGACCAAAGGAGAAAUUUGGGAUCGGUGGCCAAGGUUCUUCAGCAUGCAGCCUCCAAUAAGCUGUUUGAAGGAGAAAAUGAGCAUCUCUCAUCUAUGAACAAUUAUUUAUCAGAGACCUAUCAUGAGUUCAGGAAAUAUUUCAAAGAAGCCUGUAAUGUCCCUGAGCCAGAAGAAACAUUUAAUAUGGAUAAAUACACAGAUGUGGUGACAGUCAGCAAACCAGUCAUUUAUAUUUCAGUUGAAGAAAUCAUCAGCACACAUUCACUCCUGCUGGAACACCAGGAUGCAAUUGCUCCUGAUAAACAGGACUUGCUGAAUGAAUUGUUGGAAUUGCUGGGAGAGGUUCCUAGUGUGGAAUCUUUUCUUGGGGAAGGAGCAGUUGACCCCAAUGACCCCAACAAGGCAAAUACACUAAGCCAACUCUCAAAGAUUGAGAUCUCCCUUUAUUUGACAAGCAAGUACAACAUAGGGGACGGUGAAGCUGUUGAUGGCCAGAGCCUCAUGAUAAAGACCAAAAAGCUGAUCAUUGAUGUCAUCCGGAACCAACCAGGGAACACACUGACAGAAAUCUUGGAGACACCAGCAACUACAAAAGAGGAAGCAGAUCAUGCCAGAGACAUGGAGAGCCGUGCGAUUAUAGAUUCCCAGGCCCCAGAAGAAAUGAAGCAUAGCCAGUCUAUGAUUGAAGAUGCACAGCUACCCCUGCAGCAGAAGAAGAGGAAAAUCCAGAGAAAUCUUCGGACUUUGGAACAAACCAGACAUGUGUCAUCCAAAAAUAAGUACCAAGACAUUCUCAAUGAGAUUGCCAAGGACAUUCGAAAUCAAAGAAUACAUCGUAAGCUUCGAAAAGCUGAAUUGGCAAAACUUCAGCAGACCCUGAAUGCACUUAAUGAGAAGGCGGCAUUUUAUGAAGAGCAAAUUAAUUAUUAUGACACCUACAUAAAGACUUGCUUGGACAACUUAAAAAGACGAAAUUCUCGAAGGUCAAUUAAACUAGAUGGAAAAGGAGAACCGAAAGGGGCGAAGAGAGCCAAGCCAGUGAGGUACACGGCUGCAAAGCUGCAUGAGAAGGGGGUCCUGCUGGGGAUAGACGACCUUCAGACAAACCAGUUUAAAAAUGUUACAUUUGAUAUCAUAUCUACUGAAGAUGUGGGCAUCUUUGAUGUCAGAUCAAAAUUCCUUGGUGUUGAGAUGGAGAAGGUACAGCUCAAUAUUCAGGAUUUACUCCAGAUGCAGUAUGAAGGCGUAGCUGUAAUGAAAAUGUUUGAUAAGGUUAAAGUGAAUGUAAACCUUCUCAUCUACCUGCUGAACAAGAAAUUCUAUGGAAAGUGAAGUGCCUACAGAAGUGUCAUGGAAUCCGUAUCACCUGGAUUGAGAUGAAUCUGCUUAAUAUUUUUGUUGUUAAACAUGAUUGAAAUCACUGCUUACAAAUGUGUGGGUUUUUUUUUUUUUUUUCUUAAAUGACCAAAACUGUUCUGAAGAACGUACCCAUGUGCCUUUUUGAUAAUUUGAUACUAUGGUAGAAUAAUACAAGAAAUGAAUUGAUGGAAACACUUCCACGUUAUGCUGUGGUAUAGGUACUCUGACUUAAAACUUUGGCACUCUGUGAUUUGUUUUAAAGUAGGGAGAAAAUAAGUUUAGCUGACUUAGAGACGAAUCUGUAGACCUAUUUUCCUAUGAAAAAAUAAUUUUAAAUGUCCCGUUUGAAUAAUGUCAUCCUUCAUAGAUUUUUUUCCUUUGGAGAAAUGGAAACCUAAUUAUUUGUAAUGAAUUAUUUACACAGAUACUUUGUUCUAAGCCCUGCCUUCUGGGAGUUACCAAUUUUAAAGAACUUUUGUGCAAUUCAAAAUGAAGUUUUUAUAAGUAAUUGAAAGUGACAGUACAAUAACACUUUCUGUAUAAAAUUAUAUAUUUUAUGUGAUUUAUUCCUACUAAAUGAAGUGCACUACUGCCUUGUGGUAAAGGCUCUUGUUCCCAGAGCCUUUCAGUGACUAAGGAGCACCAUGGAUAGCGAGCUUAAGCCCCCACCUCCGCCCCUCACAGUUUAUUUGAAUACUUCAAUUGUGCCUCUCAAUUUUUUGUAAUGCAAUAAAAUCAGUAUCUAGAUGGUUUUUAAAUGUAUUCUUUGAAAAUUGUUUUAUGUAAAAUAAAUGUUAACUGAAGUACAUGAA